AUGAAUCUUCUCUUGAAGGGACUUCAGUCUGAGCUGAUGCGGCUGCAGGAACAUUCCCAGCAAGUCCUGUUGAGGUUUGACGGGCACUACAGCGGUCAGCAGGGCCUUCUACGAAGGAGGGGGGUCGUCUCCAACCAUCACUCUCUACAUGCAGAGAUCCAGGACAUUCAGCAGGUAAACACUGGAGGUCUGGUGUGUCCAACUCAUACUGCUACUCUACUUACCAACCUGCCAACGGAGUGUAUAUACAUAGACAUAUAUUGUCUUCUCUGUGAAUACAUCUUUCUCCAUUUCAAUCUCCGCCUGCAGCUGGGGGUCCUGGAAGAUGUCAGUAGUCCAGUGUAUGUGGGCCAGUCCUCAAACUCCCAGAGGGAUGACCUCCAGCACAUCAUCCACAGGAUCAAGUCUGCUGAGGUCACACACAUGCUCCACUCUAACUACCCUGAUUGGGAUUCUGUUGAUCCACUGGAGAGGUCACAUCCAUAUAGCCAGCAGCAACAGGCAAGCAUCAAGCAGCAGCUUGUUAAUGUGUAUGUUAUCUCACUGUCUUUAUUAGUCAUAGUUCAUUUCAUAAGAUACAUAUUAGUCACUGGACUGAGAACCCUACUCCGGUUGAUAGAAAAAAGAGAUUCUCUGAGAUUCUCCAGAGAUGUUCCAAGUACAGGAACCAGCGUUAUACCAUCAGCUAGAGUUACUGCCUUCUGUGUCCAGGCAGUUAGAGAUAAGUGCAGUUUUAGGACCUCUGUGACUAUAACAGCGUGUCAGUGAGUUGUUUAUGAAGUUCAGGCAGUUGUUUCAGGCUGCACGAGCUGGAGCUGCAGAGGGCUCUGUGGGAGGAGAGACAGGAGAAGGUGGCAGAGCAGCG